CUUUUUAAAAUUCAUAUUUUUUUGAAAGACUUCGGAGAAUGUAACAUUUUGGUGUUUGAUGGUGUAAAUUACUUGACCGGUCAAACUAUACUAGACCGGGUCUAGAAUAAUUUGUUUGAUUCGGCAAAGUAAGAAAGGUAAAAACACGCAGAUUGGCCGGUAGGAUUUUAGGUGGAACACCUGUAGCCCAAUUUAUAUUAUAACGGAGAAUUCACGGGUGCUUUUACAAGGGACUUUAGAGAGAAUGAAAUCGGGAUCCCUCUUUCUGAGACCCGUCGUUUUGCCUGCCAGUGGGUCAUCAUUGUGCCGCCUGACGCGGCGCAACCUGAAGAAGCCAUGUCGCCUGAUUCAGCUUCCCCCCUCCUAUAUAAAGGCCUCCAACCCUCUUCACUUCUCACUUUUCGCACUUCGCAUUCCAGAGCUUUCACCGGUCAAGUUCCUCUCUCUCGCUAUCCAGCCCUCCGAGUCAAGUAAGUUUCCCCUUCCUUCUCUAAUUAGUUUCCCGGUCAUGUCUUCUUUAGAUAGCCAUAGGAUUUCUUCCUCAGAGGACUGCUCCUCUGAGGACUCCAACUCCUCCUCCUCGACUGGGUCUUCUUCUCCUGACUCCAUGCCCGGUCAGACUCCUAACCCUUCUGUCCCCGACCCGCAACCUGUUAAUCAAAUGCCCGGUGAGGUUGGGGAGAUUGGGCCCAUCACCGCCGACCGGUUGGGAAUGGACUCACCAACCAAGGUGGCCAGGCUGAAGAAGAAGAACGAAAAGCUGGCCCUCAUUCUAAAGAGCCAAACGAAUGAGUUGGCCAAGUUGUCAAAGAUGGUCGGGUCCUUGGGGGCAGAGAACACCCGGUUGAAGGAGGAGAACGGUCAGCUGCUGGACGAGGUCUCCGAAACCAAAAGGGAGAUGGCGGAGAAGGAAGAAAACUUCCCCGGGCGCGCAGCUGCCUGGGUUGAGGAAAAUAAGGCUGAAGCUGCCCGGGUGAUGACGGCGAGCCCAGAAGCUACCAUGGAAUCCUUCAGGCUUCUAUACCGGGAGCCUGAAGGAAAGAAAAUGAUAAUCGCAAUUGGGUCCUUCGGAUUCAAAAGCGGCCAGAAGAAAGACCGGGCAGCCUCCCACCGAAUCCUCCUGAAGAGAGACCCGGCCUUCACUGCGGCUUCCUACGGCCUGGCUCCCAUCCCAGAGGAACAACCUACUCCCCCUUUCCCCCUAGAUUAGGAUCUCCCCGGUUUGGACCGGUUGUUCUUGUAAAACUUCAAAACUUGAAAUUUCCCCGGGAAUGCCCGGUGUAGCUGUAAACACUUAACUUUCUUAUUUUGUUGAAUUCCAUGUUUGAUUUUCUUACCGGUUAAUCUUCCAUAUCUGCCUGCUCCUUGAUUGAUAUUUUCUUCCUGCUUCUUAGAAUGCCUUCUUAAAACUCUGACCGGUUAAACUCCAACUUUCACUCUUGAAUGUCUUCAUCUUGAUGGUCAACUUAAAAAAGUUUGACCGGCUAAACUUCAUUUU